CCUUCUUAUCUGCAAAAACAAUUUUGUGUGAAUACACACUAAAGUUUUACUUUUAAUUGUCUCAAAUAAAUAAAUCACUGCAUUUUUCAGCCGAUAAAAUGAAAGUUUAUUGAAAUCAAUAAUGGCGAGAUCGCCAUGACGUCACUCAUUAAAAUCAGUUCAUUUGGUGGUGGGAAAAACAAUGUUUUUAUGGGAUUGGAAUUUUUAUUUUUAACAACUUUUUCAUUGGAUUUUCAAAAUUAAAAUGGUUUAGUAUUCAAAUAUUUUUUUAAAAUAAAUAAUUGUUUUAAUUGACAUUAAUUUCAAUAGUGGCAGUGUGAUGUUCAAAACUUUUAGAAAAAUAGUAGUAAAGUGUUCAUAUUUAAUCUAUUUUAUUUCGAAAUGACAGUCAAAAUUAUUGAGAAAGGUAUAGACCUCUGUGUGAUUACUGAAACUUGGCUACAGCCGGAUAGUGUUGACGUUGUCAGAGGGGAAUUGUCUCAGGAUGGUUACUGCUUUCAAAUUGAUGAUGUCCCGAGAACCGACUGUAAAGGUGGAGGACUACAGAAACAAAUUCAAGGUGUCAACAUGCCAAGCAAAAACUUUUCAGUCCUUUGAAUGUGCUGAAUGGAAAGUAUGUAGUCAAUCGUUCAUCCUCUAUAUCUGGAAUAUAUAGACCGCCGUAUUCAGAGUGACACCUAGUGACUCAGGCUAUGUUUAUGACAGAAUUCAAAGGAGCAUUUUUCACAACUUGCACCUGUUGUGACAGAAAUUGUAAAUCAAUCACUGCUAUCUGGUGUGUUCCCAGAGGAAUGAACAAGUGCUGUGAUAAAACCUUUGUUGAAGAAGAAAGAUCUCACACUUGAACUAAAAAACUAUCACCCAGUGUCAGUUUUAACAUUCCUCUCCAAAAUUCUUGAAAAAGCUGCACUAAACCAAAACAAGCAUAUUGAAGCUAACAAUCUCCUCCAUGCUUACCAGUGCCUAUAGAAAAUAUCAUGGGGUUGAAACAGCAAUUGUCAAAAUGUAUAAUGAUAAAAAUAGAUAAAAAUCAAGUUACAAUUGUGGUCAUGAUUGACUUGAGUGCAGCGUUUGAUACCAUCGAUAUCCUGAUACAAUGUACUGAUUCAAAUCCUUUAAGAUGAAUUUGGUAUACAUAGCACUCCCUUGAAAUGGAUAGAAUCUUAUCUCACGAACAGAACAAUGAAAGUUUUAGUUGAACAGUCAACAUCUGACAUGAAGCCACUGAGGUUUGGUGUCCCACAGACUUUUUGUGCCGGACUGGUGAUCUUUACCCUGUAUAUAUCGGCUCCCAGCCAAGUGGUGCAGAAAUAUCCAGCUGAUCUCUAUGGUAUGCGGAUGACCACAAGAUUGUGUUAAAAAUUCAAGCUGGAAAUUCUCAAAAUGAGACAACUGUUCUUCAACAACUCGACACUGUCUCAAUGAAAUCAUGAAAUGGAUGACAACCUUCAAACUGAAAAUGAAUCAGUCUAAAACGGAAAUAAUUAUGUAUGGAACAAGACAACAGUUAGCGAAAUUGAACAUCACAAGUGUAUUCACACAAUAUUUUGUUAACAGGUAAGUAUUCAGUGUAAGUAUUGAUACCUUAAGUAAAUAUUAAACAGUUAAAACUGUAUAAAAUCAUUACUUAUUCAUUAAGAAAUCAAUUACCAUAGGGCUAGAACGCAGGCUAGGCAUCCGAUUACCGGACGGCUAGACACUUCCUUUUGGAAAUUAUCCCCGGGACCUGUAAUAUUCAUAACAUCAAAGAGCUAUGAAAAUAGAUUGAUCUGCAAGUUGAAAGGCGUAUAUAGUGAAUUGCACCAACAUCAAGUGGGAACUGAAUGAGGUCUCGUUUUACAGGAAGUGACACUCUACAUGCCAUUCUGUAUGCAAAAGAAAGAUUCAACACAAUCAGUCAUUCAUCGAUAAAUAAAUUAUCACGCUUUUUUUAUGGUUUCAUGAUGCCACGGAAAAAGAGACUGACUGUUGGUAUGCCUGCCAAACGAAGGUCUGCCAAGGUGAUUAAAAUAGAAGUGAUUGGCCUUGAACCUGAAGAAUAUCAAAACAGCAAUGAUCACACAUACUUUAAUGAAAGUUAUACUGUUGAGAAAUAUGAUACAGACACUAAUGAAGUUAGUGGUAUUGCCGACUUUUUCAAGAAUGACCAUACCUAUGCAUCGCUGUCUGGAUAUUUUCCGCCUAAGUCAUGGGAUGCAAUGGGAUAUAGUGAUACAGCACAUGGCCAAUGUAUUUUUUCUGAAGAAGAUACACACUUGAAUGAGGAAUGUAUUUCCUUUUGGGAGAAAGAUGUUUUGUUCAAUCAUGUGUUUUGUGUUUAUGAAAAUGAUGAAGUGAGAGAUAACAAAAAUGUUGAUAAAAAAAAUCUGGAUAUAUUAAGGGAUAAAUUAAGUGCGAUGUUCCAUAAAAGAUACCUGUUUCACAGAUCAAAGUCUGUUUUGAAGUUGAUAGAACUGUAUGAUAGUGAAAAUCCUUCAAUAAAACUUUCAAUUAAUUUCUUUAAGGACUUAACUUGUGAAGUUUAUGUGCAUAGACAAAAAAUUUCAAAUGAACAUGAAAUUUGGCACAAACUUCCAGCACAUCUCACUGUCUUAGAUAAAGCAGUUUCUCUUGUUGAACGAAUUUCAAGGUAUAAUGUAUGUGUUGGCAAUCCAGAAAAGGAGUACACUGACUUAGUGCCAGUUGGGGAAGGUCUUAGUGAUAAUAAAGAGCCAGGGAUUUUGGCAGUGCAUGAAGGCGACUUCAAGGCAAAAACUGUAAUUGGGAAAGAAUACAAUGGAACUAUAAGAACGGUAAAGUGUCAUUUACUGGUAACUGGCAGCAGAUGUAAAGUUUGCUCUAAAUAUAGAAACGCCCUUCGAAGAAGAAAGGAACGGUUAGAGGAAAGACAAUCCUCCAACAGAAAGUAUAACCACACACAUUUUAAACAUAAAGACAUGACACACAAUGAAUUGCUCAAAAAAUUAGAUGAACAAAAAAAUGAAAUAAAGUCCUUAAAGGAGGAGAUGAUCAGAACGAAAAGAGAAUUUGACAAAAUGAAAACAAAGGUUGGAAUGAAAAUGGAGACAAACCAACACAAUAAAGUGAAAGAUUUGAAGGCGAGUUGCCAGUCUGAAUUUGAAAAAUUGUAUUUCAUACCUCUUUGAUAACAUAUACAUAUUGGGAGUUGUUCAGAAGAAGUAGAAAAUACUUUCUGUUAAGGUCACCUUGUUCAGUAAUAUAUGUAUUUUGUCUUACAAAACAUGUACUUUGACUGUCCACAUCCUAUUUUGUAGAAAAUAUCAAACUUCUUUUUAAAACAUUUUUUUUUCUAUAAAUUUGUUUUUGUAGUAUGUCUAACAUACUUA